UUGACGAUCUGUCAGCGGCCAUGUUGGUGUUAAAUGCCAAGGUCAUUGAUUAAAAACGAGAUUUUAAAUUUCGUUCAUAGUUACUGCAUAAGUUCCUCUGUUAUUGGAAUAGACAAUAUUGGCAACGUGUGACAACGUCGCAAUCGCGAUACCCAACAAACGCCGUCGUCAACUUUAGAACAGCUGAUGGCUGUCUGGCCGUGUUGGUAGGCAAUAAUACAGCAUCGGGUUUAACUUCAAGUUAAGUAUUUUUACGGAAAAACUCGCUAUUCUGACUUAAAUCGUUCUUAAAACAAAAUUCGGUUGCGUACCGGACAGCACUCCAUUGCCGCGAACUCAAUAAUUCGUGUCUACGUCAGCCGUGUGGGUUUUUUUUCAAAUAUUUACAAACAAAUGUGGCGUAAUCACGACGACGCAGUUGGCCAUGGAAGGUCUUAGGUUCGCGAUACAAACUAGAUUGGGGGAGAGAAUCGUCAGCAUGAACUCAACGCUGGUCGAGACCGUCAGUAUCAAUUAUGAAGACUUCAACGAGAGUUUUCUUACAUGUGGCACCUGUCUAUAUGGCAUUUGGACCGGUAUGUAUGAUGGUAACGAACAUACCCCGAAGUUGCUGCAGUGUUCCCAUACAGUCUGUCUGCACUGCCUUACGAGGAUCGCAGCAUCACAGACCAGAGACACCGGAUCCUUCCGUUGUCCUAUUUGCAGAGAAUUAAUUAAUAUACCAAGGGGGGGCGUCUCAGCACUGCCGCCGUCGUUCUUGGUGAAUCAGUUGCUUGACUUGAUGUCGAGGCAAAGACGAGAGGUGAUUCCGAAAUGUUCCGUUCAUAUAAACCAAGAACUUUUAUUUUGCGAAACCUGCGAUACAGUUUUCUGCACAUUGUGUACAGGAGGAUCACAUAGCGACGGUACCAACAGCUGCGAGCACACCAUCAUACCGUUUUCCAUAGCCAUCAAGCGGAUGUCGGAAAUUUUAUUGUACAAGGCCAACGAGUGUAUAUCAAAAUUAACGCAAGCCCAAGAGGGUGUCACUUCGGAAUUGAAUCGGUUGAAUGCUGCGAAAGAGAGGUGCUUGGAACAAAUAGAUAGCACGUUUCGUGACAUUCAAACGCUUAUAGAUAAACGUAAACAGGAAAUGAUAGAUACGGUAAAUCAAAUGUGCGGGGAGAAGAGGAGAGUGCUAGAGGAACAGCAUUCGCUGAUUGAAAACGAAAAGAACAAGGUUGAGCAAGAAUGCCAAGGAUUGCAAUAUCAAGUCGAGGUUCGAAACAUUACCCAAAAAAUUGAAAUUUUAACGGAAAAGUUAGAUACUGCUUUCAGUCUAGGGGAGCCCAGAGAAAAUGCAUUUCUUACUUGCGAUUUUACCUUAAACGAUAGUCUAGAUCAAAUUCAGCAACAUCUUGGAAUUUUAGGCAAAGCAAGAACAAGCACAACAUUUCCCAGUCUAUGUACUGCUAAACUAGAAGAAAAUGUGAUUGCCGGAAUUGAAAGUUGCAUUGCAUUAAGGACUGUAGACUAUCAUGGUAAUGUGAGGAAAAAUGGUGGAGAUCCCGUUGAAGCAGAGCUACUUCCAGUUACGGCCGACCAGAGUUCCGAGAGUAGCUUUCCGUUAAGGAUCGUGGACUGUGAUGACGGUACUUACAAGAUAUACUUUCGUUCGAAAAAGGCAGGCAGAUAUGGCGUAAAAAUAUCUGUGAUCGAUCGACCUAUAAAAGAUAAUCCGUUAUAUUUCGACGUCAGCGAGCAUAACAAUCCCAUCGCAACUUACGGUAGCAGAGGUAGUGGCAAGGAUGAAUUUAAUCAACCUGUCGCUGUGGCUAUAGAUGAGAGAGAUCAGACUGUUUACGUUCUUGACACCGGAAAUUCUAGGAUAAAGGUUCUCAAUGAUAAAUUGGAGUGCACCAAGCACGUGACCAAUGAAGGUUUGCUGGGCCGCAGUUGCACAGGCAUCGCUAUAUCCAAUAACGGACUAGUCGUGGUAAAUUGGAGGAGCAAAGUGGUUACCGAAUUAACUACGGACGGAGAUACUAUAAAGUCGUUUACUAACAACGCUUUUCAAGAACCCAUUGACGUGACUGUCGAUAGGAGCUACGGUCACAUUUUGGUGGCCGAUAACGGCUUGAGCUGCGUGUUUGUUUUUGACGAAGAAGGAAAAAUAUUGUUUCAAGUAGGGAAAAAAGGAACGUUUAGUUUGAUAUCGUCCGUUGCUAUCGGGCCGCUUGGCGAAAUCCUCGUCGCAGAUUCAAGGAUCCAGAUGUUUUCUGCGAAAGGAGAUUUCAUGGAAAUAAUUUAUGAUGAAGGAAGAGGAAAAGGAAGAUACGGGGGCUUGGUCAUAGACGGUCAAGGCCGAAUUCUGGCAAGCAGGACCGAACAAAAGGGCAGAACGUAUGUUCAGGUGCUGUCGACGAUGGACAAAACGGUCAAUCAGUGCAUCGACUCGCACGAAUCGAAACUUAAAAGGCCAAGCGGCGUAGCGGUUACCAACGACAACCACGUCGUAGUUGUAGACUUAGGCAAUAAUUGCGUCAAGAAAUAUCGGUACUGGUAAUAAAACUUAACUACCGUUUUAAUUAGGCCGGGAUUGGCAAACUUCUUAUUAGUUCACAAUCGUAUUCGUAAUUUUAUUGCAGAUCAUUUCAGUCGGACAGUUGUAAACCAAUGAUAUCCAUUAUACAAUUCUUUAAUUCGUAAACCUAUUGUUAUUUCCUAAAAUAUUAAAUCCAAUACGGGUCCAAAGGUAACCAAUUAUUAUAUGAAGAAAGGAACAAGAGACAGUGCAACAUAACAUUAUUUUAACAAAAUUAUAUUACAGUCGGUUUUAAAGUUACAAAAAGAAUUGUAUGAAACAUGUCAAUUUAUCCUAAAAUCACGGGUAUUUUUUCUUGUUAAUUGUUGUGUUUACAAGGAAAAUACUUGGCUAUAAGGGCUUCAAAUUUUACAUAUAUUUUAUAUUCAACACUGUGAAACAAAGUUAACUUAAACGACAUCCAUCUCCACCGACAACUGAAUUGAUUUUUUCUUUCAGUUUUACAAUGCUUUGGUUAGGUUACAACUACUAUGCUUUUCACAUUUAAGGAGUGUAAGGCAAGCAUUACAUAUUUACUCGUUAAACAACAUUUUUUACUCUAAAUAAUUAUUUUUCGCCUUCUUAGGGAUUAUAUUGUUUUUUUCAUGCAGAGUUCUUAAACAGUGCUUUCGCUACUAUUUCCUGAAUAUUUGUUGGAGAUUUUCCACUUUCAUUGUCAUUUUCAAAAUCGUUUAUCAAAUUUAAAACCAUUGUCUAUGCUUAGGGAUGCAAAAAACAGAAAAUUGCUUCUAUUGUCCAUAUGGCAACCUAAAAUUGUCAGAAGUGACAACUGUACAGCUUAUCUUUUUGUUUCAUGUACAGAGUAUAGGUCUGUUUCAUUCCAAACAAGACAAAAGAAAAACAAACGUGAAAGUGUGUUGUUGACUAAUCCUAAAACCCGCACGAUAAGAUCAAUUUUGACUAUAUACAACUUUUUUAUAAAGUAAAUGCAACAAACAAUGGGUUAGUUGAACUCAAAAUUAUGUUUAUAUAUCCAAGGGCGGUUUUCGCACCCUAUCUAAUCUAAGUUGAAAAAUUAGAAGGCUAAACAUUGUCACAUGACGUAUUGUAUUGGUAUGGAAUUGGGUAAAUCUGUUUUAAAAUCGCGAAUACGUUUAUGAUUAAGACUUACAAAAUAAAAUUACGAAGUUGGGUAAUCCCGGUGUAGGGACUCGUUUUUGCAGCUUAAUAGCACAGAAAAAACUGUUCAUUAAAUGAAUCAAAAUCGAAGUUGCUGGCCAUUAAAAUAGUCAAAAUAGCAAAGUCGCUCGUACCGCGAAUAAGAAUGCUCGUUUUUUUGAAGUAUCUCUAUUGUUAGGCAUUUUGGUUUGUAAUAAAAAAAAAACAUGUACUGGAAGAUCAUAGGCUGUGGAAAGGUCCUCAAUUUUAAGACUAACAAUUGUUAUCAAUUGAUUGAAAAACUAAAUUUGCUACUCAAUGGGUCCUUAAUUUUAAAACUAGCAGUCUUAAUGGAAUGAAAACAUAAAUUUGCUAUUGGUAGGUUAUAACGCUUUAAAAGCGUCCCUGAUUUUAAGACUAGCAAUUUUAAUCAAUUGAUUGAAGAAAUAAAUUAGGUACUGGACGAUCACGUGCCUUGAAUGGCUUCUCAAUUUUAAAACUAACAGUCUUAAUUGAUUGGAAAAAUAAAUUUGCUGCUGGAAGAUCAUAACGCUUUCAAAAGGUCCCUUUUUUAAAAUUUAUCAAUAUUAAUCAAUUUAUUGAAAAAUGUAUAUUUUGCCCCUAAAAUUGAGGGUAAAUUAAUUUCACCAUUAAUCCUUCAGUAAUAUAAAUUGAUACGUCGAAUGUCAUUGCCAUUGGCAAGAGGCUUAGCAACUUAUAUUUAAGAUAAAAAUUCUUUUGUAAGGAAAAAGUGAAUGCUGGCGGCUGUCAAGCCCUAAAAUCGGGAAUUUUUUCAAUAACGAAAUCACCCAGUGCAUCUUAUCACAAAUUAGCUAUCUCCUCCUGGAUAUUUUGGACACGCCGAUGAAUUUUACAUAAAACAUUUAUCAAAAUAAUUGUGAAGUUACCGAAAAGAUAAACUAUUAAGUUUCUAUCAAUGUGGGUGAUCCUCAAGAUUCCCUUGAACAUUCAGUAAAUUUGGGAAGCAUUGUGGGUACAUAUAAAAAAGUUGUGAACAAAAAUUCUUACGAGAUCAUUUGAACAAGGUAUAAAUAAAAAAUGGAGUUUCAAUUAAAAUAUAAUGUAUAAUUUUUUCAGUUGUAUUUUUCUGGCAGUUGCAUGAAAUACGCCUAUUUGCUUUUUUGUUGGCUCUAACGUUCGGUUGUCUCAUGAUAGACUGUUGUUUAGUUAAGUUUAUCUACAACUCACAAAAACAAUAGUCGUUCCUAACCAAAGAUCUCAAAAUUUUUCAAUGAACCAGAGCUACCCUACUAGAUCUAAAAGAAUAAUCUUGUUUUAAUACUCAAAUAGCUGUCGGGCCAGAAUUGUAAUUAUAUAAGUGUUUGUUUUUUUACUUUUUGAUACUAAUGAUUUUUUUGCUGUAAAAAAUUAAUUUUACGUUUAAGUUAGUUAGACACUGUCUCUUAAUAUGUGAUUUUAAAAUAUGUAAAAUUUACAGUUGUCACAUUUUAUUAUAUGUAUAUAGUACGAGAUCUGAUUUGUCUCAAAUAUUCAAAUAUACAUUCAGUCAAAUUUGACAGACCGUUUUUAAUAAAUUAAGAAUGUAUUUACCACGUAUAGUAACUAAAAUUGUACUGCCUUGAAUCUUAAAACUUCUUACUAGGUAUACAAACAUUGUAUAACUCUUGUAACCAUUUGGACACUUGAAAUUAGAUCUGAUGAUACUUUUCAAAGAGUACUUAAAAAAAAGAAGUGAUGAGAACAGUGUUAUUUUGGAUUUUUUAUGUCAUGUUCCUGUACAAAUUGUUUUUCUCUAGUCACUAGCAUGUAUUUUUAUAUCAUGUAGUAGUUAUUUUGUAUGUAAAUAAUAAAUAUUGAGGAA